GAAAGAACUGUGAGUUGUGACACACUUGCCACUCCACGGGAAUUUAGAUAAAAAUUAAAAUAGUUUGUUCAUGUGAAUAGUGUGUGUAUUGUGUGUGUAAGGGUUCUUCGGAACCUUUUCUGCGUUCGAAGUUUAAAUUCAAACAACUGGGCAUUGUGUUUAUGUGAAGUGCGCUCAAAAUUCGUGAAUCAAGAUGAAUAAUUUUACUAAAACACCGAAAACUACGCCGAUAACAGAUGAUUAUGAUAUCUCCAACACAGUACUUGGCCUUGGAAUCAACGGAAAGGUGGUAGAAUGCAAGGAAAAGCGAACAGGCAUGCGUCGUGCAUUGAAGGUUCUGCAUGACAGUCCGAAAGCCAGGCGGGAGGUGGAACUGCAUUGGAGGGCGAGCGGCUGCAUGCAUAUUGUUGAGAUCACAGACGUGUACGACAACACGUACGGUGGUAAGCGGUGUCUCCUCGUGGUGAUGGAGUGUAUGGACGGUGGGGAAUUGUUCCAGAGGAUACAGGACAAUAGAGAGGGUGCUUUCACUGAGCGACAGGCUGCUGAGAUAAUGCACUCAAUAUGCGUCGCCGUGCGUCACUUACACGACUCUAACAUCGCCCACCGCGACAUCAAACCUGAAAACCUUUUAUACACCAGUAUGGCUCCGAACGCAAUACUAAAACUGACAGACUUCGGUUUCGCGAAGGAGACAUUGAGUCACACGGACACACUGCAGACGCCGUGCUACACACCGUACUAUGUAGCACCUGAGGUGCUAGGGCCAGAGAAAUACGACAAAUCGUGCGACAUUUGGUCCCUUGGAGUUGUUAUGUAUAUCCUGCUUUGUGGUUUCCCGCCGUUCUACUCGAACCAUGGACUCGCUAUAUCGCCGGGGAUGAAAAAGCGCAUAAGACUAGGCCAAUACGAUUUCCCCGAGCCUGAGUGGUCGAACGUCUCAGCUGAUGCUAAAAAUUUGAUCCGCGGCAUGCUGUCUGUUGAUCCAGCGAAACGGCUUACUAUUCAUCAGGUGAUGUCCAGCCCGUGGGUCCGCCAGUACGCACAAGUCCCGCAGACGCCGCUGCACACGCACGCGGUGCUGCGCGACACGGGCGACGCGUGGGCGGACGUGCAGGACGAGAUGACGCGCUCGCUCGCCACCAUGCGCGUCGACUACGACCAGGUUCAAAUCAAAGCGCUGGAGCAGAGUAACAAUUCACUUUUGAACAAGAGAAGGAAUAAAAAUUCGCAAGUAGAAACAAUAACAAAAGUUAUAUAUUUCCUAUAAUUAAAGAGCGCCACCUAGCGGUGAAAUCGGGAACUAGAUAGAGAAUAACCUUUUUUUUGGGUUUUUGUUGUAAUUUAGUUUCACUAAAACUAAAUUUAAUUUUAACCCAACGUGCGAAAGGGAUAGCAUCACACAAAUAUCACAGUUUUUGGUUAGAGUGAAAGAGACGGAAUGAUUGUAUACGUAUUUCUGUACGUAGAUUUUUUUUGUAGUUAUUUUUUUGCGAUUUUUUGUUGUAUUUAUAUUAAAUAUGUAUUGUAUAAUGCUUUAUUAGUUAUUUUUAUAUAUUAUAUAUGUAUAAUAAUUAGGUUUUUGCCUUUUUUUGUAUUUUGUAAGUAAAUUAAUCAGUGCAAAUUAAUAUUUUAUUUUACAUUAAUAUAAAUAAUUGUUGUAUCGAUUUAGGGUUGCAAUUUUUUGUAAACUAUUGGAAUAUUGUUUAAAAUGUUCUUAUACUAAUCUAUCUAGCUUAAAUAAUAAUAUAUAUAUAUAUAUAUAGAAAAUCUAUAUUUCAAUAUGUCCUUUGUCCUUUUAUAGGUCGUGCAAAUUCAUAUAAAAAUAACUAAUAAUAAGUA